CAGGAGUCACUUCACUUUUUAAAACCGGUUUCUCAAUUACAUAUGUACAAUAAUAACAUCACAACAUGUAUAUAUGACUUAGGUAACUUGUUGUAUUACGGGGUUAGCGGGCAUCUAUUUUUGUGAGCACCGUGACACAAGAUGGUUUGUUCCGGUGAUACCAUUUUGGAUUAGGUUAAUGUAUUUUAACUCCUCGAGUUCAUUUCGAUAGAUAAUAACAUUUGAAAACGCUCUUUCGAUUUUUGUAACGUUAUGUAUUUUCUAAAUUUAGUUCUUAAAAAAUUUAUUUAGUCAAAAAUGGGCUAUAACUUCAUUUAAAUGCAUCUCACACACCCCUCAAAUCACAAUGUUUUCUCCCAUCAUGGACGCCAUUCACUGAUGUUUGUCCAGACACCAGGCCUCCGCCACACAGCACCAUGAGCGAAUUGAAGGACUGCCCCCCACUGAAAUACUACGACUUCAAGCCCGUCGAGCACGUGAAGGUGUGCCCACGCUACACUGCUGUGCUCGGCCGGUCAGAGGACGAUGGAAUUGGCAUUGAGGAGCUGGACACCCUGCAGCUGGAGCUGGAGACGCUGCUGUCCUCGGCCAGCCGCCGCCUUCGAGCCCUGGAGGAGCAGAGACAGAUCCUCACAGACUGGCAGGACAAGAAGGGAGAUAAGCGCUUUCUGAAGCUGGGGAAAGACCCAGACCCUGCUGCCUCCUCUCGCCACAAGCCAAAGAAGCAGAAGUUGGACGGCAAAGGUGGUCACGGGCCGGGCCCAGGUCCUGGCAGACCCAAAUCCAAAAAUCUGCAGCCUAAAGUCCAAGAGUAUGAAUUCACAGACGAGCCACAAGACAUUCCCCGCACUCCUAAAAACGAUGCUCCCAACAGAUUUUGGGCAUCUGUCGAGCCAUAUUGUGCUGAUAUCACAAAUGAAGAGAUACGGUUGCUAGAAGAGCUUCUGAAACCCCCGGAGGAUGAAGCUGAAUAUUUCAAAAUCCCAGCACUGGGGAAACACUACUCUCAGCGGUGGGCUCAGGAGGAUCUGCUGGAGGAGCAGAGGGAAGGAGCACGAGCCAAUGACAAGAAAAAGAGCCUUAUGGGGGGCCCGCUGUCAGAGCUGGAUGCAAAAGAUGUGGACUCCCUGUUGAAAAAGUCAGAGUCCCAACAUGAAUCUCCAGAGGACGGAUGUCCCUUUGGUCCUCUCACGCAGCGUCUGCUCCAGGCCCUUGUAGAGGAGAACAUUAUAUCCCCCAUGGAGGAUUCUCCUAUACCUGACAUAUCAGGGAAGGAUGCUAAUGAUUGUGCUGGGACCUCUCCUCGAAGCCAAGGAAAAGCUUUUAGUGUUCCUCACACACGGUCUCUGGAGGCUCGGAUCAAAGAGGAGCUGGUGGCUCAGGGGCUGCUGGACUCCGAGGAGCGACCUGGACCUGGAGGAGACUCUGAGGACGAGGUCCUGGCAGAGCUGCAGAAAAGACAAGCAGAGCUCAAAGCCCUGAGUGCUCACAAUAGAGCCCGUAAGCAGGAGCUGCUGCGGUUGGCGAAGGAGGAGAUGCGCAAGCAGGAGCUGAGGCAGAGAGUCAGGGUGUCUGACAAUGAAGUCAUGGAGGGAUUUCGAAGAAUCAUGGCAGCCAGGCAGAAGAAACGCACUCCAACCAAGAAGGAGAAGGACCAGGCUUGGAAAGCACUGAAGGAGAGGGAAAGCAUCCUCAAGUUGCUGGAUGGAUAGAGGAAGAAACAGUUUCUGUUUUUUAUCCAGAGGAAAUGUUGGAAGAAGCAUCGUUUCCCCACAGAUUAGAACAGCUGUUAAAGUUGUUACAUGGUUGGUGAACAGGUGUAUCUAUGAUGAUAUAUGAUACAGUUUACUACAGGUCUGCGUGAUUUGAAUAGAGACAUUUCUGUAGUAGUUUUUAUGUGAUUGACAGCAGAGAGCUCAGUUAUCAGUAGCCAUGACCAUGCGUCAGAGACCCUUUUUUUUUUUUUUUUUUUUUUUUUUUGAAGUUUUCUUUUUGUCAGUUGAAUGUUU